AUGGAGACCGCCGCGCCGGAGGCCUGUUCGCCUCGCUCUGCGCUCCGCGCCCAGAGCCCCCCAAAGCGGCUAAAGAAGACGCUCUCUUUCAAGCUGGAAGAUGACGAAUGGCCGCCCUCUUCUUCGUCGUCCGUACGGUCCUCCUCUGUGCGCUCCUCCUCCAUCCGAUCCUCUUCUGCCAGGUCGCACAAGUCGGGCAGCAGCGGAGAAGAACCCACUGAGUCUAGGUCGAGUUCUCGGUCAGCGUCUCGGAGCGGGUCCAGAACGGAGUCCAAGUCCGCCCAGUCCUCCCGAAACAACCCGAGACGAGGGUCCUGGACGCGUAACGACAGGUCGAACGGCUCGAACCCGCGACCUGGCGAUCCCAGGUGGCCGGCUGAGUGGAAGACGCAGGAGUCGGUAUUGGGUGCUGGAGGGCCGUCGUGUUGGGAUGCAGCGAGAACCCCGGCCGGGCGGCGGAAGUUGUCGUCGCACGAUGAAUUGUCGGAGCGGCGGCGAACGACACCUCGGCCUCGGCGCUUCUCCGCGUUCUCGGCCUCGGUCGGCUUUCGACGAAGCAUUUCAAAAGCAGCGCGACAGAUUCCGCCUGAAUCCGCUCGUGGUUCGUUCCGUCGUGGUUCCACCGCCGCGGCUGCAACGCUGCUCGAAACCGUGCUCCACGACGGUUCUACUGCUACCCCUCGCGCCGCUGCCCAAGGCGGUAGCUCGCCGGCCUUUUAUUGCGCGGCUAGCCCGACCCGAUCCGCUCCGUCCCGAUCCGCUCCGACCGGACCGCAGCAAGCCAGACCGGGCGCGACGGCAGGAGGUGUCGAACCCGGAUCCUUGCGCUCCGGAGUCCUUACGCCCGUCCUCGCCCCGGUCGGCCUAUCCGCCCCCGUCCACGUCGGCGGUCGCGACGUAACCGCCCCCACUCACGUAGGCGGGCGUGAGUCCAAAGGCCUGUUCGGACGCUGUAUCUUCCGCGGCUGUUCAGCGAGACUCGGCGGCUGCGCACACGUACAGGCCGCCAUGCGAACUCAGUCGCCUCCGCCGGUCGUAGUCAAGCCCAAUGGGGCGCUCGAGUGCGGUCUAUCGCGCACAUCAUCGCCCCCCAGCCGACUCUCGGAACUCGCCUUCCGUUUAAACGAAGCCGUCCAGACCCCCAUGCCCAAACCGAGCCAAACCUCACUACCCAAACCGGGUCCCGGCCCGACCAAGUCCGGAGCGGUCGCGACCAAGACGGAAGGUGCCAAGCGGAAAACACGCCUCCACAGCACCGCCGCGUGCGUGCCUGAGGAGGACGAGGACUUCAUCCCUGCCAAACAGAUCGCCAGACCCGGCAGUGGACCUGCCGCCGCCUGGAACUUGGUCCCCCGACCAGAUGUUGGAAGUCCAGGACCCGAUGUUCCGGUGCCAGAUGGCCCGGGUGGCCGUUCCACGGACCCGCUGCCGUGUGGAGUCGUGCCGGUGUUGUACAUUCAGCCAGCCGGGAGGACGCAACUCGCGACGUCAUCGCGUGUGGUGUUGCAUUCAGCGCACUUGGCGGAGCAGCCACCAGAGCUGGAUCUGCGAGCGGCGGGGGGUGUUCGCGCCAAUUCCGUCCCGGCGGUGCGGCAGCUUGUGGCCCCGCCGCUGGUUACCGGUUCCUCCUUAGAAGAAGACUUCAUUGACGACGCCGCCGACGGGGCCGACUGGGUACCCGGAAAGGGCGCCUGGGACCCCUACCGUCCCAUCCUACCCCCCAGACGCCCAGACGACUCGCAACGACUACUGCCCUUCGCCCGCGCCCCCGAUCCCGGCGACGAGGAGCCCCAGGAGGACGAGAACUCACCCACCAGUAGUGAAGGUGACACCUACACUGAAUUCCACACCCCGCACACGCACCGCACGCUCGACAGCGCACGAUACGAAAGCACUACCAUGACCGCCCGGGAACCCGAGGACCUGGAACCCGAAGCCCUACAGGCCGAGCACCGGGAAUUGGGGCUAGAGGACGGGGGACUUGGACUGGAAGACCGGAGAUUGGAAGACCGGAGAUUGGAAGACCGGAGAUUGGAAGACCGGAGAUUGGAGGACCGGAGAUUGGAAGACCGGAGAUUGGAAGACCGGAGAUUGGAAGACCGGAGAUUGGAGGACCGAGAACCUCUGGACCCACUGGACCGGGAACCGGAACUCCUGGACCGCUACCGAAGCCUGGACCGAGAGCCGUUGGAGUCAGAGCGCCCGGAGGCGGAGGAGGUCCCGCCCUGCUCAGGAGGCCCAUUUCUGGUUGCGGCGCCUUCCUUCAAAGAUGAAGAAUCAUUCAAAGGUCAACAAUCGCUCAAGGAUGACGUGGCCGGUUUGUCAAGCUCGGAUGGCGAAUGCGGCACGGCCCGCACCGCAAGGCCUCCCGACUCCGGCGACCACCCAUACGAUCCGCCUGCCGGGCAGCUGGCCGAUGGUCGAAAUGGUCUUGGUCCGGUUGGGACCAGUCCGGUUGGGACCAGUCCGAUUGGGACCAGUCCGGUCGGGGCUUGGCGGAUGCCCGUGGAUAGUCAGUCGGGUGGGACUCAGCACAGCCCGAGUCCUGAGGCGGCUGUGCGUUGCCGCGCAUGUCAGUUGGACGUGUUCCGUAAGGGGCUGAAGAGCAGUCGCUCCGAUUGCGACUUGUAUCUCUCCUCGGGUCGGGUGAGCUAUGAGGGCGGCCGGCCGGACGAUGGUUCAAUUCGGUCCUCAGAGCACCCGAGGGGACCCUGCGACGGGGCCUUCGAGCAGACGUACUUGAUACACCGGCCGCACCCCGGCGCGCCUCCUGGGCCAUUUAUGGAACAGGAGUUACGGUCGCCGGACGACCUACACACCGAUGAGUUGCUGUCGCCGAAGGUGUUGCCGCCUGGGGGGUUGGUGCAAGAGUCUCAGCCCCCAAGGCCGGAGUCUCAGCCCCCAGGGCCGGAGUCUCAGCACCCAGGACCGGAGUCGCGUCCCCCAGGGCCGGAGUCGCGUCCCCCAGGGCCGGAGUCGCGUCCCCCAGGGCCUCCGUCAGUGGAGGGUAUUUCGUCGCCGCUGGAGCGAAGUCUGACGGGGUCGCCGGGUCGUGGUCCUUCGGUUUGUGGUUCUUCGGGUCGUGGCCCUUCGGGCGGUGGACAUUCGGGAGGGUUCCGAUGGGGUUCAGGUGAGGCGGUAGAUCCGCGACUGUUUCGCUUGUACUUUGCGGCUGAUGCGGAGCGCUCGUUGCGUCACCUCUUUGGCACUCUCUGUGCUCGUUGUCAACGCCGGCUCUCUCCCUUCUGGGGGGGCCAGGGGCGCAGGUGCCAUUACACGAAUCAGACGUUCUGCACAGCCUGCUUUCCUUCCACCUCCUACAAACACGUCAUACCUAACAAAGUCAUCACCGACUGGGACUUCACACCCUACGACGUCCUACCCGGCUCCUACCGCUUCCUCAAAAAGGUUGCAGACCAACCUUGGAUCGAUAUCACUAAAAUGCAUCCCGCCAUCAAAGUAUGUCCAGUGGCUUCCCCCUCUUGCUUGGUUCACGGGUACUUCACAGGUAGUUCACCAGUACGCUUGACUUUGCAGCGGCAGAACCCAUGUUUACUGGAUAUUUGGAAGCAGCGCCACGACCUGAAUUUAUUGAAGCGCUUUUACAUCGACUCUCAGCGAAAGAGCGGCCUGGUUUUGCGAGUCGGUUCGCAGUGCAUCGAUACUUUCUGCACCCAUGUCAUGGAUUAUUUGAACCCGUUCAUGCCGCACAUGGGAUGGCUUGCGGACAAUAAUAGCGCCAUGUUCUCAUUGAACGACUUGGUGUUGAUCGAGGAAUAUUUUCAAAGCGGACGCAAGGGGCUCCUCCAUUGCUUGUUCCCCACAUUUGAUGGCGGCGUCCACGGAGGCAUUGACGCCACUCGAACCGGCGCCUCCUCGCCCCGACUACAACACGAGUUCUUCCGCAGACUCAAAAAGGUCGUCGGCUUCUGGUCCACCCAUAUCCUCGACGAAUGCGACGACUGCUAUGACCAAUUCAACACCUACUGCGUUCACCACCGAGUCACGCCACUCGUGAUCGGCUCCAUGUAA